AUGGAUGGUGACGCUGGACAACCACAGGAUCAGGAAGAUCAACCACCUGUUUACACAUCAGAUCAAGAAUCACAAUCACAAUCAAAUCAACAUUCAAUUGAAAGUCCACGGAAUUCCAAUGAAGACCAACCAAAAGAUCAAUUACCAAGCUAUGAAGCUGCUACUGUUGAUAGUGGAACCACAGAGGUUGAAUCACAAAACAUACAACCUGUUACACCAAAUCCAAUAGAGCCACGAGUUAUUCAUCAAUCACCUCAACCAAUACAAAAUCCAGAAUCUGUUCAACUACAUCCACUUCAACAAGAGCCUGAAAAUAACCAAAGAAGCGGUCAAUAUAAUCAAAAUAAUCACAAUAAUAACAAUAAUGAAGACCGUUCUGGUUUAUAUUUACUAAUUUUUUGUUUGGUUAUAUUAUUCGUGCUUUAA